AGAACUUUUAACAUAAGUAAUUUAAUACAAUGGGUACAACGCUCAAACUUCUUUCGCCGGUUAUUAUUCUGCUGCUAUUGAAUUUCAUCGGUUUGGCAAGAGGGUCUGGCUGCAAUACGAACGAGUUCAUGUGCGAAGACAAGACAGAAUGUAUUUCGAUGUCUGAUUUUUGUGACGCAGAAAUAGAUUGCGGUGACAAAAGUGAUGAAAUCUAUUCCUCAAAAUCCAACUCGUCGGGAUUUUAUUGCACAAAGCACAUGGGUUAUGGAUGCUUACUUCCAUACGCCUAUCAAUGUGAUGGCUUCAUGCACUGUGACGAUGGAUCCGAUGAAUGUAGUUGUAAGCAAAACAGCGCAUUUUUCUGUAAUGGGGAUAUCAACUGUAAAGGUGGUUUGGACGAAUGUUUUUGUGUUGACAGCAGACGAUCAGAUACAAUGUUUUCUGACGACAAAUGUUUUCGAUGUUUGGACGGAUCAAAAAUUAUAUCAACAACUGAUUUUUGUGAUGGUGUUAUACAUUGUGAUGAUUUAUCAGAUGAAUGUUUAUGUGGAACUGGGAAUAACAUAGGGAUAUGCGACCACAUUAUUUGGAGUCAACCUCAAGUUGCAUUUUCAUGUGCUGCAAACAUGAAAGGUCCUUUCUUUAGUAUUUCGAAAGUUUGUGAUGAAAGAAAAGAUUGUUUGUCUGGAGUCGAUGAAAUUUACUGUAAUCCUACUGAAUCAACAGAGCCUAAUGAUAACGAUGAAAAGGCAUAUACAUGCAGAAAUCCAAGAAACAACAACCCACAUUUAAACAUAAUGCCAAAGAACACAUCACGAAAAUGUGACAAUCAUCCUACGUGUCCAUUACUGGAUGACGAAUGUGAGGGCUGUGAUCCCAUACCGGAAUAUUGCAAAUUUGUCACGCCUUUAAAGAACGGACUAAGUUCUCCGAAUAGUGGAUUUCAUUGCCUAGGUUCAAAUAAAAAACUCUGGGGAUCAAAAAUCUGCGAUGGAUCUGUUCGGGAUUGUCCAGGUGGCGAGGACGAAUUGUUCUGCUCAAAAACUGACAGAUUUUUCUGUGCCGAUUCAGCAGAUACCACAUCUACGAUCCAUAUUCCAUUAUCAAAGAAAUGCGACCUAAAGAAGGAUUGUGACGAUUCCAGUGACGAAUUAAACUGUGAUAUCGAAUGCGAGAACUGCGAUAGAUGUAAACAGAAACAUUUCUACUGUCCAGUAGGAGAACCGAAGUACAUAGACUGCAAUAGAAAGGUUUGUGAUGGUAACGAGGAUUGUUGGGACGGUGAAGACGAAUGUCAGAAUUGUACGAGAGGAAUAUUUUCUAAUGACGAUAGAUUGAUUUCAUCAACACCCCUGCUUCCGUUUCUGUGGAUUAUAAGUCUUACAGCUGUUAUCGGAAAUCUGAUGGUUAUAGCGUCAUCGAUUGUAAGAAUAAUGACGUCACGGAAAAACAAAAGCGACAUCGAAGAAAGUCAAAAUGUGAUGAUAUUGAACUUGGCAACGGCAGAUUUCUUCGUUGGGAUAUAUACUCUGGCUAUCAGUAUCCAGAAUAUAAUACUGAGUAGUGGUGAUCGAUACUGCUUGCAUGAUCAUGAAUGGAGAAGUUCAUCCUCGUGUUCAUCGCUUGGUGCAAUUUUAACAAUCGGAUCGGAGGGAUCGGUGUUCAUACUGACGAUUGUAACAGCACUCAGAUUGAAAGCAGUCAUCAGACCGUUUUCGAAAGGCUACGUUAAAACAGUUUAUAAAGUAUCAUUAGCGUCGUGGUCUCUGGCUUUGAUUCUUGCACUUAUUCCACUUGCUCCUUCCACAAGAGAUUAUUUUGUUGAAAGUAUUUGGUAUGAAAGAAACUCAGUUUUAUCUAAUGUGAAGAGAGAAAAUUUACAACUUUACACAGAAAAAUUAGUAGCAUUCAGAAAUUUAAGUUCGAGUUAUGUUUACGACAACGGUGGGAUCGGGAGUUGGCAAUUGCUGGAAAAAUUAAUGUAUGACUUAAACCCCGAUUAUAUUCCGAAGAGACGAUUUGGGUAUUAUUCAUCUCAUGGAGUCUGUCUCCCAAACUUCUUUCCGGCUCCUGAGGAAGAUGCAGCAUGGGGAUACUCACUCGUAAUCAUACUCAUCAACUUCUUCUCACUCUUCUUUAUCUUCGCAGCAUACAUCGUUAUAUACAGGAAAGCGACAUCAUCUAAAGUUCAUAAAGCAUCAACUGUAGAACGCUGUGUAGUUUUGCAGAAGAAAAUUACACGAAUCGUAGCAACCGAUUUUGUAUGUUGGAUGCCUAUAUGUAUCAUGUCAUUCCUACAGGUUUCAGGUUUUGAAAUCUCGAAACAAGUCUAUGUGCCUGUGGGUACUAUAUUGAUUCCGAUAAACAGCAUGCUUAACCCUUUUCUAUACUCGGAGGCCCCGGAAUGGAUUUGGAAACAAAUCAAACCAGUUGGAAGCAGAUUUCAUGCUCGGUGGAAGCUUCGACAUACGAAAGACAAAGGUGGCGAUUUUGAUGCAGAAAUGGACCAAUACAAUCGAAGUAAUUAUUAAAGAGCUCAUGCAGAAUACUACGCCGGCAGAAACAGAAGAAGAAGUCGUAUUUUCGAGUGCUGGGAAAUCUUCCUAAAUUAUGGAUAUAAAAGAAGGAUUUUGGACGGACAAUUUACGAAAAUAUAUCCUUGUCGAUAUAGUUAUUGACUGAAAGUUUGAAAGCAAAACGAAAAAUGUUUUAAUUUGUUGAUAAUUACCUUCUGUAUUCUCCAUCGAGAAGAGAAGUCAGUCGACGAACACAAUAUCCAUCCAUGUAGCUGAAAUUUAUACUUUGAUAUUUUAUAUAUAUACAACUUUGACAUGUACCCAUCAUAGCGUAUAGCCUGUACAUUCGCCGAGAUUCACUUGACAAACGCUUUUAAUGAUAAUUGGUCUUGACUGGUUGUUAUAAUACAGAACCUUAAUUAUGUGAGAGCAUAUUGCUUAUGCGUGAAUGUAUUGCUAUUCUGAGAUUAAAGUCGGUGUAAUGAAUACUUGA